AUGAUGCUGCUCAUCUUGUCAGGUCUUGACCAACGCGAACAACUUGGAGUCCUGUCUAGCGUUGGCAAUGAGUAUGACUUGAAGAAAGUGAGCCACGCACUACGGAUCCAGUAUCCAUCUGCAUCGGGAAAGCCUGUCCCGAGACGUGACUACUUGGGCGCAGCUCGAACUUCCCGACAGUCAUGGACAAGCCCUGACCCACGGUCAAAGUGGAAAGGCCAUCGAGCUCGCCAGAUCCUCACCUCCGAGGUCGUUGAGGACUACGAAGACGCUGAUGAAGAGGGCUUCUAUGAAGAUGAAGAACCUCCUGAAGGAGAUGAUAUGGCCAGUGAUGUCUUCAUGGGCGAGAGCGAUGAUGACUUCUUCGAGGCCCUGACGGCCGACAUGGCCGACUACGUGGACGACCAAGGACUGGCCAACGCCUUCGCCACGGCCACCAGCGAGUUGAGCUCCGAUGCAAAGGCCAAGGAGCAAAGAAAAGCAGCCGUUCGCUUCUUGAAGAGUGUGACGCAAUGCACGGCCUGCAACCAGAAAGGGCAUUGGGUUGGAGAUCCUGAAUGUCCAAGUGCCAAGAGGAAGGGUGGAAAAGGCAAGUCAUCCUCCAAGUCACCUGGCAAGAAGAAGGGAUCAGGCAAGAAAGGUUCCCAGAACCUCCACGUGCACAACGAUGCUUCACCCACGGCACGAUCCUCCGAGACCUACUUCAUUUUGCGCGAUGCAAUUGAAUCGGCCGAUGAAGCUGAGGUUCAGUUGACCUUCAUGCCUGCCACCAAGGCCAGCGACUCGGACUUCGUCACGAACAUCAAUGACUUGACUGUGAAUGACAUGGCCACUGCCACCUCCUACCUCAAUGAGGACAAUGGCGCGAAAGAUGAAAGCUCCAAGGUCAGUCCGACCUGCCUGAGUCCGCCUGCCACUGAGACCAGUGAGGAAACCAGUUUCACCGCUACACGAUUUUCCGACGUUCUCGUCGUCUUCAAAGUUAAAGAGACCAAGCUCUGCGAGCAUGCCCUUUCAUUGAUUGACCUCGCGUCCUCUCCAGACAGCGAGGAGUUCUCCACCCAGGUGAUGACUCAUGCCCUCACGAACCAACCGAUGGCACCAUCCAUCUACAAGUACGCCUUCUACCUCUACGGCAGAACAAGGUUGGCGUGGGGUGCAGCAACACGGAUCAUGAAGGGACAAGCUCCAAAUCCCUCAAAGAGAACGGGCUCACCUGAUGAUAUGAGUGCCACCAGGACGAUUCGUGUUCCUGUCCGCUUCGUUGAGUCCGACACCAACAGCGUCCACCCUUUUGACUGUGAGUGCAUGAUGGUUGAUGACAAGACCCUCGAGGCCUAUGCGCUACAAGCUGAAGACAAGCCUGGUCUUGCCAUCCUGGACUCCGGCUGUUCCAGGACCAUGCGCGGCGCUGAGUGGGCCGCUGCCUUUGAGGAGUACAAGGAUGCCUUCACUGAGACCCCUGGCGCUUUGCGACCUCACGUGGCCACAUCCGACAUGGCCAUUGAUUUGCUGCAGUUCGAUCCCGAUGGACAGACCCUCAACAUGGUCAUCGACGUCAAUGGCAAGAUCCCAGAUCUUGGAGAUCCUGUCCCCAGCGAUGAUGAACCAGACUAUGGUGAUUAUGAGGAGGAUCAGGGUGAGCAUCAGCCCAUCGAGAUUGAUGAUGAUGACGGUGAGACUUGGGCCGUGAUCGAUCCCACUUCGUCCCAACGGGCACUUGAGCCUCUGGAACAGCUCUUGGCAGAAGGUGAACACUGUGAUGACCGCGACACCUUCAUCCAGCAGAAUCUUCCCUUCCGCAAGAGCAGCAAUCGGAAGUCAAAGAAGAUUGGCAACAUCGACCGUGCCCUCGAUGGAGAGGGCCUACUCCGACUCCAACGACUCCGUGGCGAUCGAACUAUACAUACCCACGGAAACCUCCAGUCGGCAAGACCUGGAUCAAGCAGAUCUUUGCAGGCCAGAUGGGCAUCGCGCUCCUUGCUGUUCUCUUUGGCGUGUGAGUUGGAGUUCCUCCGGACAUUAACCAAGGUUGGGAUGGUGGAACAUCAGACGGUCGCCGCCAGUUGGUGA